AUGACAAAAAAAAGAAACAACGGUCGUGCCACAAAGGGCCGCGGUCAUAUGCAGCCUAUUCAUUACUCAAACUGCGCCCGGUGUGUACCCAAGGAUAAGGCCAUUAAGAAGUUUGUCAUUCAGAACAUAGUGGAGGCUGCUGCCAUCAGGGACAUUUCCGAAGUGAGUGUCUUCGAAGGUUUUGUGCUUCCCAAGCUGUAUGUGAAGCUGCAUUAUUGUGUGAGUUGUGCCCUUCCCAGCAAAGUGGUCAGAAAUAGAUCUCGUGAAGCCCGUAAGGACCGAACUCCUCUACCCCGAUUUAGACCUGCUGGUGCUGCCCCACGACCUCCUCCAAAGCCCAUGUAA